UUGAUUGUUACGUUAUUUGCGGCCAAGUUUAGUGUUUAAUUAAAAACCCUCGAAAGAAAACUAAACAAAUGCCGAGAUGAACAACCUCCUGAGGCAAGGACAACGCCUGGCCUGCUGGCUACCGGCUGCUGCCCAGCAACAAAUCCACACCACUGCCGUGCAACGGACCUUCUGGGAGCGUGAAAAGAAAUCCGGCUACAAGACCAAGCUGCCGGAGCCCUCAAAGAAGCAGCUCAUUAUGGACGGAUUGAAGGAUCUCAAGGAGGAGAUCAAGCUGUGGCGCAAGGAGGUCAAGGAGCAGUUUGAAAGUGACCCGAUAUUGGUGUUUCGGCCGGGUGAAACGGAUGUUGUCUUUGACUUCAAGGCGCCCAAUGUUCUGGACAACUGGACGGUAACUACGGAUGCGGAUCACGGCGAGGGCAAGAGCACUGCAUCGCUCGAGUUAAGUUCAGCGGGAGCGGGUCUCUUCCACGGCGAAGUGAACUCGGAUCACACCAAGGAUGGCAUCAUCAAGAGGACGGGCUAUGCAAAUAUUCGUACAAAGAGAGUGCGGAAAUCCUUUAAGCGAGAAUCUACCUACGACUGGACGCAGUACAACAUGCUGAUAAUGAAGGUGCGAGGCGAUGGACGCAGCUACCUGAUUAACCUGCACACCGAGGGCUACUUCGACCUGAUGUGGAACGACAUUUACCACUAUGUGUUGUACACGCGUGGGGGUCCCCAUUGGCAGAUAGCGAAAAUACCCUUCUCCAAGUUCUUUAUGUCCUCCAAAGGACGCGUCCAGGAUCGCCAGAGCGCUAUUCCUUUGAAUAGGGUGACACACUUUGGUUUCUCGGUGGCUGCCAAAAAGGGCAUGGAUGGACCAUUUGGCUUGGAAAUAGACUAUGUGGGACUGCAGUACGAUCCUAGUCAUCGCGAGGAGUUCGCCUAUGAGAUGUACCAGACGCCCAAGUACAUUGUGGCUACGUAGCGUUACGUAGUGCCUUACGUUGCGGCGGCAGUGUUAUUUAAUUGUUAGAGAAUGUGAGAAUAACAGUAAAGAUUGGUUUUACAAAGACA